AUGGUAAACGGCGCAAAUGGACAGCCCGAUGCAGGGCUCAGGAGUCUGGACCACUAUUCAAACCAACUCCCCCUCUGGCGUUAUUGGCCGCGACAGAAGCUCCUCCCUUUAAUCCGAUAUGAGACGCCUUAUCUGGCAUGGGCGCAAGAGAAAGUCCGCACCCCGACACUGGAUUCGUACUUUGCCUUCACAGCUAAUCUCGGCACCCACACAUUCUUCAUGGUCUUUCUGCCGUUUCUCUUCUGGUGUGGCCACACCAGUUUAGGUCGUGGUCUAGUGCACAUCCUCGCUGCUGGUGUGUUCUUCAGCGGUUUCAUCAAGGACUUGCUAUGUCUUCCUCGACCAUUGUCCCCUCCUUUACAGCGAAUCACCAUGUCUGGAUCGGCUGCCCUCGAGUACGGAUUCCCAUCAACACAUUCCACCAACGCUGUAUCUGUUGCCGUGUAUGCGAUUGCCCUGCUCAAUUCCCCAGAUUCCACCGUUAGCCCAAGGACCAGCAUGAUCGUUCAAGCGGUCACUUACCUAUAUGUCAUUUCGAUCGUGUUGGGUCGAUUAUACUGUGGUAUGCAUGGAAUGCUUGAUUGUGUAAUUGGCUCCAUUAUGGGCGCAUUGAUCGGUCUCGCCCAGUAUAGCUGGGGCCCGGCGUUUGAUGACUAUAUCCUUUCGACGUCGCUGUUGGGAAUUCUGGUCGUUCCCAUCGUGAUUAUGGUAUUGGUUCGCAUCCACCCAGAACCGGCAGACUCGUGUCCUUGCUUCGAUGACAGUGUUGCUUUUGCGGGUGUCACACUCGGUGUUGAUGUGGGCUCAUGGUACUUCGCUCAAUCUAGCCUUGCCUGGUCGGAGCCUCUGCCUGGGACCAUCCCAUACCGGUACGAGAGCCUCGGGUUGACAAAGACUGUGAUUCGUCUUGUUGUGGGGGUUCUUUGUGUUUUCGCAUGGAGGGAGAUCACAAAGCCGACUCUGCUCCGCAUUUUACCUCCCGUUUUCCGCAGCCUGGAGAAGCUUGGACUUCUCCUUCCUCGGAGAUUUUUCACUACCGCCUCUGAAUAUACGACCGUCCCCUCCAACUUGAAUGAUCACGAUGUGCUUCCUAAUUUCUCGGAAAUUCCUUCUAUAAUCACCACCAUGCGGCAUCCUCGUCGCCGAGCUAUUUCGAUCGGCCCUCAGUCUGAAGCUGAUGCUUAUGAGGCCCUGGCUUACCGCGAGCAACGCCGACGUGAAAGUUUGUCUGGUGGCACCCGCGAGUCGCCCGCUGAUGUGGAGAUCAACUCCAACGGGUCCCCUGUCGUGCUAAGGAAGCCCACUACUGUAGACCAGUAUGAGAACAUGAUGGGCAGAGGUAGCCCACACUCGGCUACCGCGGAUGUAGAUGCUAGCAUACCACGGUCCUCACCACUUCCGCCACCCGAGCAUGGUGCAUUCAAAAUGGAUGAGGAGGAUGUGUUCUCUCAGAUCAAGAAGCCCCGCGUGCGGUACGAUGUGGAAGUCGUAACAAAGCUGGUCGUAUACGCAGGGAUUCCUUGGGUCGUUAUUAAUGUGGCACCCCCUGUUUUUGAACUGAUUGGACUAGGGGUACCCCUCUAG